AUGGAUCUCCACACAUGGCGAAGCGGUAAUGUUGAACGAGAAGACGAGUCUGCCUUGGCCUACACAGCCAAACUCCUCCAUCGCCUCGAAACCCUCCUUCAUGACGAAUCCCGCAGGGCUGCUCCUCACUCUUGCCUACGUUAUGUCGCCUCGAGCCAGACAUAUAUCAUAAUUACAAAGUUGGCUGUCUCAUCGAGGGACACGGAGAUCAUUGGCCUUUCUGCCCAGCUCUUCCAUGUCCUCAUCAAUGGCGAGACCGAAGGCCUCUUGGAUAGUAAGCUGUUUACAAGAUCGUUACUAGAUCUGGUCUGCUUUGCAACAAUAGGUGGCCAAGUCAUUGUCGAGGAACGCCUGCAAACGGACCUGGUCGAAUUGCUAUUCGAAAUUGCUACAAAGAUAAGGUCUGAUCCGGACAUUCUGCCAGCCUGGUUCUUUCCAGAACGUGAGAAAACGCGUGGUCACAAUGGUGCAGAUGAGUCGAGGAGAAGUCAAUUUCCCUUGUUUUACGUCUUGGUGCAAUAUGUUCACCAUGAUGGUCCUGUCGGCGAUUUUGCCCGUACUGCCUUACUGUAUCUGACUGAAACUGCUUCCAAGUUCAAGCCUUUGGAGAUCUGGAUGAUAGAAAGUGAUCUAGCACCACAAAUGGCUAGUGGCCUAGGUGCUCUUUAUAGUCGACUCAGCAGGCAAUCCAAUGCUCUUACCACGGGAGCGACAACGCUCCCCAUUGUUUCACUAUCCGAUAAGCCACAGCCUGCACAAGCCAGCUCACAUCCGGAUCCAGAUGCUCAGCAUGAGACCAAAGCAUUUUUCUCUUAUCUGGCCUUCUGGCAGGAUACAUUGAAUCAUUGCAAGUCGGCCGAGGUCAGAGAUACAUUACUCGAUCAUUUCCAGGUUCUUUUUGUGCAACAACUGCUAUAUCCUUCUUUGCUGGAAUCAUCCGACGUGGAAGGCGGGUCGACAGCUGCAGUGAUCUCCCAUCUCUAUCGGCUCUUACAAGGUCUUGAUCAUUACCAGUUAGUUGAUCGAAUCCUGGGCUAUCUCCUGGCUUCAAUGAACAUGCCUCUUGAACCACGAGUCAAAGGUAAUCGAAGGUCAAGGAUGUCUGUUAGUCGCAGAAAGUCAAUAGACCAUCUGAAGGCGUUGGCCGAAGUUGCCGACACUCCUUCUCCGGAUUUGUUCAAUCUCCUGGACUUGAUGGUGAUGAGUUUGAAAUCAAGCCAUGCAGAAACUGUGAACGCUUGUUUGAAGCUCCUCUCCAUCAUCGUUUCAAAACACCACUCUCAUGUCUUGCAGAGCCUGUUUCGCCUUCAAUCUGCGCCGAACGUUCAACUCCGACGUGGAAUGAGCCAAUUCAACAAUAAUCUACUCGAGUUGUUUGGCUUUGCAUCUACGAUUUCCGAGUACGAUGGGAUGGACGACUCGUACCAGGGUGCUCUUCUUGACAGCCAAGUCCUACUUGAACAACACAGCUGUCUCUCAAGCAAUGUCGAUGAGCUUGAUCGAGACCAUCGGGACUUGUCAAUCAGUCGCGAUUGCAAAUUGUUCGAGGCAAUGAUCUGCUUAUUGAGAAACUUCUUUGCCAAUGACACCAUUACCAAUCUCUAUCUGACCGAGGCCAUCAUAGCCGUUACAGCAUGCGAGCAUUUGGCUUUAGUGGGAUGGUUGUUGCCUACGGACGGACCAGGCCAUGUGGAGGAUAAUUCAUCGUUGAAUAUUACUUUUAUCAUUGGCGAACUGGUAGAACAAGUUCGGCAGUGGAAAUCGCAAUUUGCGGGAUGGGAUCAAUUGAUGUUGCAAAGGAGGUUCGAUCUGGGAGAUGAGGAUGCCCGAGAUCGAGAUCCGAGUGAGAAACCACCUUCAGACCAAACCAGGCGUACACGUAUGGCUAGUGAGGGAUAUGAAUCACGAUCGAACAGUCCAUCACAAUCACAGCCUCGGCCGAUUACUCCGAAAGGCAAUAAAAUCACAACCACAGAGUUCGGAUCUAUCGAUGACACAAUCAGCAAGUCGGGGGGUCAUAGAGCGUCUCUAGCAGAGCGAACUCUCGGUCGUUCUCCUCUACGAGGGCCAAUAGCUUCCGAGGACAAUGAGGCAAUCGCGAAGCAAAUUGAGGCGUCACUUCGCAUGCAGACCAGCUUAGCCGCAAUUCUGAAGACGAAAGUACAACUUUUGAACACUUCGACACCUGAAGAGGCAUCGUCAUCAUUCCCUGUGUUGGCAGGCCGGAAACAGACGUCUAGUCCCGGUCCAGGAUCGGGUCCAGGCCCCAGCAAUCUUCGCCUCGCUCUUCGGGGAAGUGAUAAUUCUGGGACAGUCACGCCGAGCGUCCAAGACGAGGCGCCUCCUCGCAAUCAAGCCAGCGUCAGCCAUAUUCUGACCAAUGCCAUUAUCUUACAAGAGUUUAUCCUCGAGCUUGCAGCCAUGAUACAGCUCCGGGCAACCUUUUUCGACGAAGUCGACUUGACAUUGAAGGACAAAGAAUGA